AUGCCAGAUCUCACCGGCCAUAAACACAGCAUCAAUGGAGCAGCUGCUGCCCGUCAACCUACCAAUUUAUGGGGGACGCCCAUCACCGAUCAGCCGAACCUAAAACUCAAAGACAUUGACCGAGAAAUUGAAACCUUGCAGUACAUGAAGCAGACCGAGAUGAAAGAGAAGCACGGUCAAGAGUAUAGAUAUAUGAAACCUAUAUUACAUCGGCCACCAAAGGUUCACCAUACUGCACCCCGUCGAACAUCAAUUCAGCCUGCUCGAACGACUUCGGUGAAGCCACAUACAGGGUUAAAAUCAACCAACGCUUGCCCUGCCCAGCAGCUCCACGAAACUGUGCGGGACAGGUUUGGUUGGGGGGCACAUAUAUAUGAUUACCCUGUCAUCAUCUCGCAACCGCCUUUGCCCCCCAAUUAUGUCAUUCCGGAUUCCAAAACCACAAAAUUGGAGGCCGAAGCUGAAACAAAUCUGACAGAUGGAUGGACGUCUCCACCACCGGCAGGAAAUAGGGAAUCGCUCGAAACGAAACGGGCCCGCGACAGUUCAGGUGUCAUCAUAGGGCGUGAACGUGCUUCUGUUGCCAAUGAGCAUUCUAGCUCACCUGCCGAACCAAAGUCCCAAAUCAACAACAUCCCAGGAUCGGCACCCUUAGUCCGCGCUAACAUCACAACUGCCUGCGGCGAGCAGCAAACGCUUGAGAUAUGGCCCGGAGAGGUUCCCCUACUCACGGUGGAAAAGUUCUGCGAGGUGGCUGGCAUUAGGGAACACGCUAAAUAUGUGUGGGAAGCUUUGAAGCCCGUCGUUGACGUAGAACUAAAGCGGCAAUGUUGGCCUGAUGGACUUGAUGAAAAGGACUACAAUGCUUGA